GUAUGCAAAUACGCAAAUUGUAAAGCAAAUGUAUAUUUCUGUCGCCUCAUGUAUGAACACAUAGAUACAUGAAAUAUAUUCAUUCUGUUUAUGGUCUACGAUACUAUUGCACGAUGGUUUUGUUACCUUUUAAAUAAUAGGAGUAUUUUUUUCUAAUCAAGCAGACGUUUGUGGUUGUCUUUCCAAUCAUGAAUAAUUAACUAUUUGUUAAACAAAAAUCUAUAUCUUACUAUUGCAAACUAAUGAAUAAGAAAAUUAAUGAGAACCAAAGGAACUCUACAUUAUUAUACAUUUUUAUUAUUUUUCGGGUCACAUAUAUAGUUUUUGCUUUUUAUUCGGAGCUAGGGUUUUAUUUGUAUCUUUCAAUGUUUGAACUCUUUAGAAAUCUGUUUCUUUAGUUUUUUCUUGUGGGGUUUGGUGUGUUUAAUGGCGAAUCAUUCAUGGUUAAGCGGCGAUUGGAAUCACCCGAAUGCGUACUUCAGAAACUCCAUGACGUCGCCUGAAAGCUCAGAGAUGAGACACCACUCGGGAUAUUGGAGCUCCGAAGAACAAGCAAUUCUCGAAGAUGGUCUUGCUAGAUAUUCGUCGGAACCGAGUAUUUCACGUUACGCGAAAAUAGCGUUAGAGCUUCAGAACAACAAGACCAUUAGAGACGUAGCUACGCGUUGCAGAUGGAUGCAUACGAAAGAAAAUAACAAGAGAAGAAAAGAAGACCACAAGGUGUCGGGAAGAGCCAGGGUUGACAAUCAGGAGGUUAUUGAUAUGGUGGUGGCUUCAAACUCAGCUACACAUAUGUUUGCAUCAUCACAUCUUCUUAGAGAAGAAGAUGGGAUCAAUAGCGAGCUUCUUAAACAGAAUGAACAACUCCUCAGUCAGAUUUCUGCAAAUCUAACAAAUUUCAAUCAGAUUUCUACAAAUGUCACAUCCUUGAGGUUAACAAAAAACUUGACUCUCUUUUGCAAGAGCAGAGACAACAUCAGGAAACUUCUCACAAAUUUGAGUGAGAAUGCCCCGGAGCAGAUGAAGCAUAUGCCACCAUGGCCGGAGAAAUUGAGAGAUGAUCAUGAUGAGCUACUUGAUUCAAUCCUUCCUCCCUCACCUAUACAAUGAACUACUCUUUCUCUUUUUCUUUCUUUGCAAUUCAAUUCUUCAGGACAUUAUUUUUUAUUUUGUUUUCAAUUGGAUUUCAGUUAUUAGGUUUUCUCCCAGUAGAAGCCCUAGCUUACAGCAGAAGUUUAGAUAUUUGUAACUGUAUCAAACAAAGAACAUUUGAUGCAAAAGCAUUUCCGUUGUUAAAUGUCAAGAUUAGUCGAGCCAA